AUGGCUUCAACAUUCGACGUCACGGCUCUUCGCAAGCACUUUCCCGCUUUGGACAAGAAGCAAGUGUACUUUGACAAUGCUGGUGGAAGUCAAGUCAUCCAGGAAGUGAUCGAUUCGGUAUCCGAAUAUCUGUCUGGCACAAAUGUGCAGUUGGGUGCUUCGUACCCCAUCGCUCAAAAGUCGACGAACUUGUUCGCUGCAGGUAAAGAUGCAGUGGCCAAGUACAUCAACGCUACUUCGGAUGAAGUUGAGAUCAUUCUCUCCAAGCUGGACCAUGAGGCAAACAUAGCUUCAUGGCUACAGAUGGCCGAGUGGAGAAAUCUAACCGUUAAAUGGUGGGACGCGCCCGACAAGCAGAACCCCAAGCUGGAAACGUCUAUCCUGAAGACUCUGCUCUCAGACAAGACAAAGUUGGUCUGCUGUACACACACAAGCAACAUUCUCGGCACCAUCAGCGACAUCAAGCAGAUUGCCAAGACCGUGCACACCGUACCCGGUGCUCUGUUGUGCGUAGAUGCAGUAGCUUACGCACCGCACAGACAAGUGGAUAUGCGAGAGUUGGACGUCGAUUUCUACUGCUUCUCAUGGUACAAGGUCUAUGGCCCACAUAUCGCCAUGCUGUAUGCAAAGCAAUCGAGUCAAUCGAGUAUGAAGACACUGGGUCACUUCUUCAAGGGCUCGGCUUCGUUGGAAGAUAAGCUCGGACUCGCGGCUGCCAACUAUGAACUCACUGCUUCUAUCCCUAAGGUGUGCGAGUAUCUAUCGCAGAUUCCUUGGGGGACAAUUGCUAGUCACGAGGAGAAGUUGCAAGGCAUUCUAAUCGAUUACCUCAACUCGAGAAGCGAUGUCAAGAUCUGGGGUGAGCCUGUGGCAGACGCUGCAAAGCGUGUUCCUGUGAUCAGUUGGACUGUCGACGGACGCAGCAGUAAGGAGGUCGUUGAGGCGGUUGAGGCAAAGAGCAACUUUGGCUUCCGCUGGGGUGCUUUCUACUCGAACCGCUUGGUCCAAGAAGUCAUGGGUUUAGAUCCCGUGGACGGUGUCAUCAGAGUCAGUCUUGUGCACUAUAACACCGAGGACGAGAUCAAGCAGUUCGUAAAGGUGUUGGACGAGGUGCUCUCGAGCUAG